UGGAUUUCUGCGAUAAACCCACCACCGCCCACCUGCUCUUUUUCGGCAUCCUCCCUGCCUUCUCGACCGCGCGCCGGACGGCGGCGGAGGGUACCUCGUCGGACGCCGGACCGUUGGUGAUUGCAAACCGAGGGAGGUGGUGAAUAUGGGCGGAAUCACGUCCUCCAUCGCCGCCAAGUUCGCCUUCUUCCCUCCGAGCCCGCCCUCCUAUGCUGUGAUUGCCGACGAGGGGAGCGGGCAUCUCUCCAUUCCCGGGAUCGCGGUUGCGGGUCGCGAUGACGUGCACAUCCUCCGCCUCCCUACGCGACGGGGCAACGAGAUCGUCGCAGUGUACUUGCGGCACUCCCAGGCGACCGCCACACUCCUCUACUCGCACGGGAACGCUGCUGACAUUGGCCAGAUGUUCGAUCUUUUCGUCGAGCUCAGCGUCCAUCUUCGCGUCAGUCUCAUAGGGUACGAUUACUCUGGUUAUGGGCAAUCCACUGGAAAGCCAAGUGAGUACAAUACAUAUGCAGACAUAGAUGCAGUUUAUAACUGUCUUAAGGAACAGUAUGGAGUAGCAGAUGAGGACUUAAUCCUCUAUGGUCAGUCAGUGGGCAGUGGUCCAACUCUUGAGUUGGCCUCCCGUCUUCAGAAGUUAAGAGCUGUUGUCCUUCAUAGUGCCAUCCUCUCUGGACUCAGGGUACUAUAUCCAGUUAAGCACACAUUUUGGUUUGACAUUUACAAGAAUAUAGACAAAAUUGGCCUUAUCAAUUGUCCAGUUUUAGCAAUUCAUGGUACUGCAGAUGAAGUUGUGGAUUGGUUGCACGGGAAGCAGCUUUGGGAGCUUAGCAAAAACAAAUAUGACCCUCUUUGGAUAGAUGGUGGUGGCCACUGUAACCUUGAACUUUACCCUGAAUUCAUUGAGCACCUCAAGAAAUUUAUUGCAGCAACUAAGAAAGAUGGUGACAACAUACAGAAUUCAAUGGAGACAAAGUCAAACAACGAUGAACAAACCAGCCAAUCUGAAACUAUAGCUACAGAUGAUGAGCAUAGAGCUUGUAGCUGUUCUGAGAUCGCAAGAAAGAGUUUGGACAGUCAGCUAAGGAAACCUCCGAAGGCAGAUCAACUGCUGAAAUCAAGAAUGAGCACUGAUCUUAGUGAGCGAAAGAGGAAGAAGGGCAUGGUAUGGUGAUGAAUUAUCUCCAGAUCAUGAACAAAACGUGAAUCAUAAAAACAUAUCCUCUGGUAUCAUUCAGCAAAUGAAUAGAUCGGUUGUACCCAUAAAAAGCUCAUAGCACCGCGAGUGAUAUAAACUGCCGGUCUUUUGUAUUGGUGUAUGGCGUGUGAUAGAUAGCUUUCUUCCAGAGUUCCAGUCACAUUCACAAGAAGGAAUAUUGUUUCAUCCACAAAGGCAGUGCUGAGUACAUGUAAUUUCUCAAUUUUAAAAAACAAUACAGAAAGACUUCAAUAGUGCGAGCUCUGAUGUGAUCAUUAAUGAUUUCGAUCUUGAAUUGUUUUCAGAAUUUGGAUCCCAA